UGACCUUGUCUUACUUUCCUUAUUUCAUUGGUUUUCCUUUCGGUUUUUCUAGCCACUGUAACGCAGGAUGCUUUUACUAAAUCGGUUCCAUACUACGCGUGCACGUUCUGUUCCGAUUAUCGGCUAAGGGCGAUGUUGCACCUUCCUACACUACUUUGGAAGAUUCUUUCUGAGAAACAAACACCGGCUACCUGGAAGCGCAGUUUUUUAUUAUUUGAAGCUACUACUCGUCUUGCAACCAAACACGGUACUCUCAGUGAGCUACAAAAUUAAAUUAUUGCGAUAAUUUCUGGGGAUGAAGGCCAAAGAAAUUUCAUUGCCCUCUAUGUCGGUGAGAAGGAGACAGUCAACAGCGCGCUAAAAGUCCUCAACCGGUUAUGAGGUUCACAACUGGACACACAUUGCGCGUUCUUCUUUCCCGAUCUUGCGUCAAAACCCUGGAGAAAGUCAUUGAUUUCAUUGCGCGUAUUCAGCAAGCCCUACCAGAGUGUCGGUAUAGUGCAAUUCCAGUUACGUAGUUCAAAGAGGCGAUGGCUUUACAGUGCUUUAUAUCCGGUAUCAGUAACGAACAGGCUCGUGAAAGGUUGUUGUCGGAAGAUGAGACGACGUUGAGCUGGGAGAAGGCCUGCGAUAUUAUUCGACAGCUGGAGAAUGUCCAUAAACAAUUAGCAGAUUUUUCAUCUCAAUCUCUUACAGUCACAGUCCAAGUAAUCGACCUAAAAAUAUGUUACCCCGAGACGGUCCGAAUUGCCUGUUACCGAUGUGGAACUCACCAUUUAUCAGCCGAGGAAUGUCCUCGUAAACAGAGUAUCUACCACCAAUGUGGAAAAUUAGGGCACUCGGCCCGAGUUUGCCGAUCUAAAGCUUGCACGGCCGCGACAUCACCUUUCCCCAAGAAGCCCGUGAAGGCCGUCCAGACUUCAGACGAAGAAGACCAGCUAAGCACGAUCUGGAACGGAACGUCGGGCAUCUACGGCAUCCACCCACCUUACACUGUGCAGUUGGAAAUAGAAGGCCAGUUGAUAAAAAUGGAAGUUGACACCGGUGCCUUAGUUACCGUAAUCAGUGCUUCCUCAGUUAAAAAGUUACCCAAGUUAUCCCCCUGUGAAUCAACUUUGCGUACGUACACUGGGCAGCCGAUGCCAGUCAUGGGAAAAUGCACUGUUCAUGUAAAUUACCAUGGGGAGAAGCGGACCUUACAGGCAUAUAUUAUGGCGAAUGAUUGUGCGAACUUACUCGGGUGCGACUGGAUUAAAUGUCUUCCAGUCACGCUAGACAAUGAAGUUCCCGCCUAGUAACCAGCGCUUGGAUGACGUGCUCAACCAAUAUUCUGACCUUUUU